AUCGCCAUCAACAUUUAAAAUUCCCACCUCCUGAAUCCAACGAUUGUUCUUUUGUCGAUUUUGAAAUUAGGUUUAGAAAAUGAAUCACCACCACGUUCACGUGGAGUCUUUCGAUGAGAAUUGCUGGUGUGAUUUGCUCGAUUACAGCAGCCUGUUGGACGACGUCGUUCCGUCGGCCGAUCUUAGUCGGAAUCCUCCUCCGCCGCCGCAGCAUACGCAAAAUGUUGGUAUGGCAACGGAUGUUUCGAUCAGCGAAACUUCAUCGCAAGUAAGCGAAUGUGCAGAGAGAGAAUUUCGGAGAAAGAGGGUGCGGAGUGAUGUAGAUGGUGGAACUGGAACAAAAGCAUGCCGUGAGAGAAUGAGGAGAGAGAAGUUAAAUGACAGGUUCUCGGAAUUGUGUGCUGUAUUGCAACCUGGAAAACCCGUGAAAACUGACAAAUUGGCCAUACUCGCUGAUGCCAUAAGAGCUCUAAACCAGCUGAAAGCUGAUACCCAGGAAUACACAGAGAUGAACGAAAGGCUUUUGGAAGAGAUAAAAAGCUUGAAGGCUGAGAAGAAUGAGCUUCGUGAAGAGAAACUGACGCUUAAGGCAGAUAAAGAAAAAAUAGAGCAGCAGUUGAAAACCACGAGUGUUUCGCCGAUCGGGUUCAUGCCAGCUCAUCCGCCGUUAUAUCAAGCUGAGGUAAACAAAGUGCCGAUGUUUCCCAAUUACGGAUUUGUUCCAAUGUGGCAUUAUCUACCACAGUCAACCCGUGACACUUCCCAAGACCACGAGCUCAGGCCACCUGCCGCUUGAUAUUCGCAAAAAUUGCUGCUGUUCGAAGAAGAUUCAUACAUAAUUGUAAAUAAUAAUUAGGUGCUGGUUAAUUUAAUCUUGGUUCAGUUAAUCUGUCAUCGGGUAUUGGACAAAUGGAAAGAUCUUAAAAGCUAUGGAUUACAUUAUCAUUUACCAUCUUGUGUCUAAUCUUUUCAACUCCGUUUA